UUCAUUUCUAUCGGUCCAUCCUCUCAUAGAUAGUCUUACAACGUCUGGCUCUCUCUCUCACUCGCUUUUCCUCAUGGGUGUGAAGCAUUUGUGGGAUAUACUCGAAUCCUGCAAGAAAACAGUUCCACUUCACCAUCUCCAGAACAAGAGGAUAUGCAUUGAUCUCUCAUGUUGGAUAGUUCAACUUCAGAAUGUGGGCAAAUCAAUCUCAUGUGUGAAGGAGAAAGUCCACCUCAGGGGUCUCUUCCACCGCAUUAGAGCGCUCAUUGCUUUGAAUUGUAGCCUAAUUUUCGUUACAGAUGGAUCAAUUCCUGCUAUUAAAUUAUCAACUUAUAGGCAACGAUUAAACUCUGGAAAAGAUGUAACACAAAAUGGAAGCAACUUACAGAAAAUGUCUUCUUUACCGAGGAACAGGGGAUCUGAGUUUUCAUGCAUGAUAAAAGAGGCUCGCAUCUUGGGAAUGGCCCUCGGCAUUCCUUGUUUGAAUGGGAUUGAAGAAGGUGAAGCUCAAUGUGCUUUGUUGAACUCCGAAUUAUUGUGUGAUGGAUGUUUCAGUUCAGAUUCAGAUAUAUUUCUUUUUGGUGCAAGGACAGUGUAUAGGGAUAUCUGCCUUGGAGAUGGGGGGUAUGUUGUUUGCUAUGAGAUGGAAGACAUUGAAAGAAAACUUGGAUUUGGAAGGGAUUCAUUGAUUGCUCUUGCCUUACUUCUUGGAAGUGAUUAUAAUCAAGGAGUCUAUGGUCUAGGUCCGGAGUCAGCUUGUCAGAUAGUUAGAUCUAUUGGUGACAAACAUGUGCUCCAAAAAUUUGCUUCUGAAGGAAUUGAAUGUCUGAAAAGACUGAAAGGUGCAAAGAAGCAGGGACAAGUCUUGAAGGACAACAACAAAGAAAAUAUGUUGGACCAUGAUAUGGCAUUGAGUCAUGCUUGUCAGGUUCAAAUCUCUGUUUCUAUCUUUUUUGUACACGCAGGAGGCGGGAACAAUUCGCAGAGAGAUUAUAACUUCUUGCAAGUUAUCAAUGCUUAUGUAAAGCCGAAAUGCCACCCUGUGGAUUCUGAUAUUGUGAUGAGGGUUCUUGCUCAGUAUCCAUUUCAACGUAGUAAACUCCAGCAGAUAUGUGCUGAAUUCUUUCAGUGGCCUCCGGAGAAAACAGAUGAGUAUGUCCUUCCAAAGAUAGCUGAAAGGGAUUUACGGCGAUUUGCCAAUAUGCGCUUAACGUCAUCAGAAGUAGGACUGAAUCUUCCUUUGAAUGAGAUCCCUGUAAAGUGUCCGGUCUCGGAAAUCAUUAAGUGCCGAAAAGUUCAAGGAAGAGAAUGCUAUGAGGUGUCAUGGAAUGAAAUGGAUGGACUUGGAACUUCAAUAAUACCGGCAGAUCUUUUAAAAAGUGCUUGUCCUGAGAAGAUUUUGGAGUUUGACGAGAAAAAAGGUCUGCUUAAGAAACAAAAUGCUCAAAAAAGAAGACCAAAGAAAACUGAAACUGCAUCUUCUAUGGCUGAACUUGACCUGCAACUUACGAAUCUAUCACUGAAUAUCGAGCUGGGAGACCACGCCAAUCACAAUGCCUCCGAUUCAUCAGAACAGGUCUUUCAAGAUGCAUCUGCCGUGGAUGAAGCUUAUCUGAAUAACAGAGACUUGUCAAGUUCAUCACUUGAUGAACAGAUCGAAUGGAAUCAAAAUGUGAGAAACACAUCUGACGGUCAGCAGAGUGAUUCCGUGGCUAAAAAUGAGGUCAUUGAUUUACUGAGUCCUUCUCCAACUAAGCAGUUGUAUGCUUCCUCCAAGUGUCAACAAUUUAUUGGUGAACACGUUGAGGUUAUAAAUUUGAGUGAAUCAGAGAGUGACACGUCACCUGAACAUAAGAGGAAAGCAAAGGAGCUGAGAAUGUUCUUAGCGGGAAUUAAGAAUGACCUCCAUUGAACUGCCACAUCUGUAACAUGGUGUAAGUUUCAGUGCGUUCUUGGUGUAAUUAAAAUUGGAAAAAAAAAAAGAAGCAGCAGCCAUUGUAAUUUGAAGAGCUUGAUUAGUUUGCUGGAA